AUGCAACUCUGUCCGUUCACAUAUAUCGCGCUUGCUGCAGUGCUUGCGACUGCCACCAGCGUUGUGGGCCAUCCCUCUGUUGUCGACGGCGUUGCCAAAGUCAAAGCCCGUCAGGUUGACGACGACUGCGGGAACAACAUCGCCCUCCAGUUUGUCGACUCUGCCGGGGACAACUUUGGCGCGUGCGAGGAUGUCGUCUACGAGACGUACUUGACGCUCGACAGACCUAACGACUUCUCCUACUGCACACAGCAGCUGUACGACUGCGCCGGAGUUGCGCUUGGAAGGGCAAUUUUUAUGAAAUCGCAAGAUGUCAAGAUCACGACUCGGAAACAACGCCAUGCGGCUGACGUUAUUGAAGGCGGGAAGCGCGGGGAAACUACCGUGAAAACAGAAGGAAGGAGCUGCGGCACCUGCAUUAUGCUCCACGGAAACCAUGACUGGGAGGCGGCACACUGCUAUGCCCCGAACGUCGAAGACGAGCCGGGCCGGGUGCAGGAGUCCGAACGUGCGGCCGAAGGGCAGGAUUGUCUGGAAGGCGACAUGGUUGAGGUUGAGAAAGAGAGGAAAGCCCCAUAUGCUACACUCAUGUAUAUCCCGGAUCCGGAGCUUGCGCUGGCUAUAGCAGAACUAACAGCGAUAGACAUAAGACCUCCGCUCGCAAAUUAUACUUUGGGCAAGGUGGAGCAGAAAUUCGCGGCAGGAGUCGCCAGUGGUGGAUGCCGCGACACAGCGCUACUCGUAGGCAAGCAUGUUAACCGACUGCACAAAGCAAACGCGUACAAUCAACUAGUGUGCAUUUCAUCUACCUCCACCGCGGUGUGGAAGAUCUCAGCAGACCUGCACAACAACCCUCCGAUAGGACCGACGCAUUGUAGUGCCCCGCAUAAGAUGGUGCUACCCUUCCCGACGGAGAUAUGGUUGGGCAUCUUCCACGGCCUCGCCAAGGAAGGCGAGUAUGACACGCUGGAAGGAUGCAGAGUAGUGUGCAGAGGGUUUCAACUGAUGGCGGAUGAGUGCCUAGCAUACAACAUGACGUUCAAAAGUCCAAAAGACGUCGAGCGCAUCAAGAUGAACUUUUCAGGCGAUGCCAGUGAGGUGCGACGCUGGAGAGGACCACGACAAGUGACAAUCCAUGGCGAGGACUCAAGUGAAGACGACCGCGGACCCAUUCCGCAUCUGGCGACGUUUGCGUCGAGGCAUGGAGGAAGAUGGCCCUCUGUUGAUGCGCUGACUAUCUCCAACGCGCUGUGGCGGGCGGCGGAUCUCGAUGCCGACGCCGUCUUCCGCGAUCUGUUUCGCUUCUCCAUUUCCCGUCUCAGCCUCGAUUACGUCGUUUUCCCGACGAUUUUGACGCUUGGCCGGCUGGUGUGCGCCCUCCCCCGCCUCAAGCGUCUCGCUCUCUGGCAUGUGCAAUUCACUCACCAGCUUUUCGAUGCUUCUACUAUCUCCCAGUUCCGUCUUCUGCCGCACGCACAGCUGGAGAUCCUCUUCUUGGGCAGGACGUUCGACUCCAAGUUUCCUAGACUGAGUCCCUCCUUCGUGGAAUUGUCCGAAUUCAUUGCUGCCGUCAGUGGCCGAAAACACUUGAUUCCUCAUUCUCGUCCUACGCAGGCGUGUCUGUGGAGCGCCGUCCGAACACUGCAUCUCUCGAGUGUCAUCUUUCCCUCAGUUGCGACCUUUUCUCGCCUCCUGUGCGCCCUCCCCGCUCUCGAAACGCUCAUCCUUCAGGGGCCAUGUACGUUUGCGAAACACGGCGUCCGCCUCCGAAGCAUGCCUGUGCUACCAUCAGGCUUGGUGGUUGUCGAGCUGAUGCUCGGCUUCAGUUUGCAUUCUGACCCUCGCUCCGUGGCUGAUCUUGUCGACUUCUUCAUUGCUACUGGGACUAGUACCCAACUCCGAGACAUUACAAUUUCCUCGACUCCGUCUUUCCAGAUGAUGACACAGUCGGAUGUCUGCCUCAACAGGCUCGUCAAAUAUUCUGGACAAUCAUUACGUCGCCUUAGCCUCGACCCAUACAUAUCCUGGCCUCCUCUGGAAGAAAGCGAUGCGUUGCUCCGUACAGACCAGAGUGCAGCCCCAUAUCUCAAUCUUUCGGAUAACGGGUGCCUCGAACAAUUGGACCUCACAGUCAAAGUCACUGAUGCAAACGAUUCAUGCUUGUGUACUCCUGUGAUUGAGGUCCUAUCACAAGUGACGUCCACGCACAUAUCCAGGAUUACAGUGCAGUUGCACCCUUAUGACUUUCCCCACGCCUCAAUUGACGUAGACUUGGGAACACUGAUCGAGGAGCUCCCGCAACUCGAUGCUGUCCUCUCUCUGCCGGUCUUCGGCAACCUCAUCCACGUUGCUAUAGACGUCAGGACACUUGACAGGCCAAAUGUCCGAGAUGAGGAAUGGGCGAAGGGCCUUAUAUUGCGCUUACCGACGCUUGAUGAACGCGGGGUUCUGGGGUGCGUCUUGUCCAGGAUCGGAGUGCAUUGGGAUUCUAAGGCCAGUGCUUGGAAACGUUAUGGAGUUGAGAGAGGUGCCAUACAGGACGUCGUGAUAACUGACGAAGUGGUCGGGGUUGAGGACGAACGAGAGCCGCACAAAUGA